UACUCAGCAGCUAAGAACAACGGACAAAAACUGUUAUUGUCAGUGCGCUAUAGAGCGCAGUACGAGCGUCAAGUUCCGAUAAGUCACAGCGGUGACGAAAGUUUGUGUAGUUUUGGAAAAUAACAGAAGAUGGCGUUCAAGUGCAAGAUCAUAGCUUUCGCGUGUCUAAUUGCGUUGGCGUCAGCUGCGGGCCCAAAGAAUAGGAAACCAGCGAAUCCAGCGCCAGCUCGCGUAGCCGCUUCAGACCCUGAUACUGAAAUAACGAGCUCCUGUCCCGAAGAUGGCUUCUUCGCUGAUGCAGAGCAAUGCGACAAAUACUACGAGUGCAGAAACGGUGAAAUAAUUGAAAAGCUCUGCCCAGACGGCAUGGUGUUCAACGAUUAUAACCCUAAUGAUGAGAAGUGCGACUUACCUUUCAACAUUGACUGCUCUCAGCGCCCCAAACUACAAACGCCCAUCCCAGCUCUGCACUGUGUCCGUCAAAAUGGUUACUUCGCGCAUGAGGAGCCCAGUGAAUGUGGCAAAUUCUACUACUGCGUGGACGGCAAGUUCAACAUGAUCACCUGCCCCGAAGGCUUGGUGUACAACGAGAAAACUGGUAUCUGCACAUGGGCUGACGAGGCUAAGAAGAAGGGAUGCAGUGCUGCUGACAUAUUCCAGUUCGAUUGCCCACAAGUGAACGAAACUUUCGGGCUCACCCACCCGCGUUACGCUGACCCUGAAGACUGCCAAUUCUUCUACGUAUGCAUCAACGGCAACAUCCCACGUCGCUCUGGAUGCAAGCUCGGUCAGGCCUUCGACGAUGUUCAGAAGAAGUGCGAAUGGGCAAGGAAGGUCCCAGAAUGCAAAGACUGGUACAAGGACCGUCUCACCGACGCUGAGUUGGAUGCUCUAGAAAACCCCCCAGUAGCCAAGCCCAAGCCCUCAGGUGCUCCCUCUCGCCGCAAGCCACAGCGCCCCAAAGGCAAAGUAGCCGAAGUCGUAGUAGAAGAAAUUUUAGAAUAAAAAUAUAGUU